AUGAUUGAAAUUACAGAGGUACUUGUUACCGGUGCGUCAGGUUAUAUUGCCAUACACUGUGUUCAUCAGCUUUUGAAGGAAAAUUAUACCGUACGUGGCACCGUGCGUGACCUCAAUAAUCACAUCAAAAUUGAACCAUUGAAACAGCUUGAAGGAGCUGCAGAACGGUUGGAAUUGGUUGAAGCAGACCUGGAAAGUGAUGAAGGAUGGCAGCAAGCAACAACUGAUUGUACUUACGUUUUACAUGUUGCGAGUCCAUUCCCGAUCGUCACUGAUGAAUCGGUCAUUUCAACUGCAAUAAACGGUACACUGCGAGUGCUACGAGCUGCCGCAAAAUCAUCCGUUAAAAAAGUUGUUCUUACCAGUUCCAGUGCUGCCAUCAAUGAAGGUCACGCGGAUACGACGCGAACAUUUACCGAAAAUGAUUGGAGCAAUACUGAGACGGGAAAUGUAAAUGAUUAUGUGAAGAGUAAAACAUUUGCCGAGAAAGCUGCAUGGGAUUUUGUCCACAAGGAAGACGUUAAAUUCAAGUUGACUGUAAUCAAUCCGUCGCUUGUUGUUGGACCUCUUCUUCAUAAUGUACAGGGAACAAGUAUCAAGAUAAUAAGUCGUUUCUUAAAUAAUGAAAUUCCCGCAGUACCAGCUGUUCAGUUUGGUUUAGUAGACGUCCGUAAUGUAGCACAAGCACAUAUACGUGCAAUGCGAGAACCUCGUAGCGAUGGAUUACGAAUUCUACUAAGUUAUCAGCCAAGUUUUUGGUUUAUGGAUAUUGCUAAUGUUCUUCGUGAUGAAUUUUCAUCGCAAGGUUACACUUUUCCAAGAUUUACAGUACCAUAUGCGGUAGCAUGGCUUUAUUCAUUGUUCAGCAAGGAAGCAAAACAGCAGAUACUGAAUCGUUUUGGUAAUGAAGCACGUUUUGAUAACUCUCUCGCUAAAGAAAUUCUUGGAAUAGAAUUUAUAGAUCCAAAAGAAUCGAUCAUUGCUAUGGCAUAUGAUAUCAUUGAGCGUAAUAUGGCACCAAAACGGAAAAAUUAUCUAGGGCCAUCUGCAAAAAUUACUUUAAAUGUAUGA